AAGCCCCUGGCCUCUCUCUGUUCAUCAUCGAGCAAUAGUGUGAGAUUUGAGAUUCGAUUCGUUCCGUAAGAGAAAGAAGCAGCAGAAAGAGCUUUCCGAUUUCGAUUUGCAAAGCAAUGGCCGGCGUAAAGGGCGAAGGUCCGGCGAUCGGAAUUGAUCUGGGAACCACCUAUUCGUGCGUCGGGGUGUGGCAGCACGACCGGGUGGAGAUCAUCGCUAAUGACCAGGGCAACCGCACCACCCCUUCCUACGUCGCUUUCACCGACACCGAGCGCCUGAUCGGCGACGCCGCCAAGAACCAGGUCGCCAUGAACCCUACUAAUACUGUGUUCGAUGCAAAGCGUUUGAUUGGGAGGCGCUACAGUGAUCCCUCGGUCCAGAGUGACAUCAAGCUAUGGCCAUUCAAGGUGAUCGCCGGCCCCGGCGACAAGCCCAUGAUCGUAGUCCAGUACAAAGGCGAGGAGAAGCAGUUUUCGGCGGAGGAGAUAUCCUCCAUGGUGCUCAACAAGAUGAAGGAGAUCGCAGAAGCGUAUCUGGGAACCACCGUGAAAAACGCCGUGGUGACCGUCCCGGCUUACUUCAACGAUUCGCAGAGGCAGGCCACCAAGGACGCCGGAGUCAUCUCCGGCCUUAACGUCAUGCGAAUCAUCAACGAGCCUACUGCCGCGGCUAUUGCCUACGGCCUCGACAAGAAGGGGAGCAGUUCCGGCGAGAAGAACGUGCUGAUCUUUGAUCUCGGUGGUGGCACUUUCGAUGUCUCUCUUCUCACCAUCGAAGAGGGCAUCUUCGAGGUGAAGGCCACCGCCGGAGACACCCAUCUCGGCGGCGAGGAUUUCGACAAUAGGAUGGUGAACCAUUUCGUGCAGGAGUUCAAGAGGAAGCACAAAAAGGACAUCAGCGGAAAUCCAAGGGCUCUGCGGCGGCUCAGAACGGCCUGUGAGAGGGCCAAGAGGACUCUCUCCUCCACCGCGCAGACCACCAUCGAGAUCGAUUCCCUGUACGAGGGCAUCGACUUCUACUCCACGAUCACCCGAGCUCGAUUUGAGGAGCUCAACAUGGACCUGUUCAGGAAGUGUAUGGAGCCAGUCGAGAAGUGCUUGAGGGAUGCAAAGAUGGACAAGAGUAACGUACACGACGUCGUGCUCGUCGGCGGAUCGACGAGGAUUCCUAAAGUUCAACAGCUGCUCCAGGACUUCUUCAACGGCAAAGAGCUCUGCAAGAGCAUUAACCCGGACGAGGCCGUUGCCUAUGGCGCCGCCGUCCAAGCGGCUAUUCUUAGCGGCGAGGGCAACGAGAAGGUGCAGGACCUUCUCCUGCUCGAUGUCACGCCUCUCUCGCUCGGUUUGGAGACCGCUGGGGGAGUCAUGACCGUCUUGAUCCCGAGGAACACGACGAUCCCCACCAAGAAGGAGCAAAUUUUCUCCACCUACUCCGACAAUCAGCCCGGCGUCCUGAUCCAGGUCUACGAGGGCGAGAGGGCCCGGACCAAAGACAACAACUUGCUCGGCAAAUUCGAGCUCUCCGGCAUCCCUCCAGCGCCGAGAGGCGUCCCUCAGAUCAACGUCUGCUUCGACAUCGACGCCAACGGUAUCCUCAACGUCUCAGCUGAGGACAAGACCACCGGGCAGAAGAACAAGAUCACCAUCACCAACGAUAAGGGCAGGCUGAGCAAGGAAGAUAUCGAGAAGAUGGUGCACGAGGCGGAGAAGUACAAGGCCGAGGACGAGGAGCAUAAGAAGAAGGUGGAGGCCAAGAACGCCCUCGAGAACUACGCUUACAACAUGAGGAACACCAUCAAAGACGAGAAGAUCGGCGCCAAGCUGCCAGCGGACGACAAGAAGAAGAUCGAAGACGCCAUCGACAAGGCGAUCAGCUGGUUGGAGGGGAAUCAGCUGGCAGAGGCCGAUGAAUUUGAGGACAAAAUGAAGGAACUCGAAGGCAUCUGCAACCCCAUCAUCGCCAAGAUGUAUCAGGGCGGCGGCGGCGGCGGUAUGGGCAUGGACGAAGACAUCCCGACGGCUGGUAGUAGCGGCGGCGCGGGGCCAAAGAUCGAGGAAGUCGAUUAAUUAGCGUGCCAUCCCUAUCAAACUUGUUAUGUUGUGGUUGGUUGCUUAUUUUGUUAUCGAUGUAAGUCUAAAAUGUUUGGGUUGACGACUGUUGUUAUGUUUGUGCUUUUAACCCGAUGCUUUUGGAAAUAAAAAUUGGAGUUUUAUAAGAGUU